CAUCUUCACCUUAAUUAAUUACAACUCUUCAUCACACUACUAAUCUUCAAUUAGUUCGAACUACAUAUAUUUAUCAAUGGCAGUUUCCACGAUUGAGCUCGGGUCGGGUGCGGGUCGGGCAUCCGGGGCGAACCGUGGAGUCGCGAUGCUCGAUUUCAUCUUGAGGGUGGUUGCCAUUGUUGCAACCCUAGCUAGUGCUAUAGCUAUGGGAACCACCAACGAGUCUCUCCCAUUUUUCACUCAGUUCAUCAGGUUUAGGGCCAAGUACAGUGACCUCCCCACCUUCACGUUUUUUGUGGCGGCGAAUUCAAUCGUGUGCGCCUACUUAAUUCUAUCUCUAGCUCUGUCCGUGUCCCACAUCAUGCGUAGCGGCGCGCAGAAGAGCAGGGUGGUCUUGAUUUUCUUGGACGCGGCAAUGCUGGCGCUGUUGACGUCGGCAGCGUCGGCGGCGGCGGCGAUUGUGUAUCUGGCGCACAAGGGAAACAGGAGGGCAAACUGGUUCGCCAUCUGCCAGCAGUUCAACUCCUUCUGCGAGCGGAUCUCGGGUUCGUUGAUCGGAUCUUUCGGAGGGAUCGUCGUCUUCGUCAUCUUGAUCUUGAUGUCCGCCGUCACCUUGUCGCGACGCCCAUGACCCCAUCAUGCAUCCAUCUCUUUUUAUUACUACUUGAUGUAUUAAUUAAUGUUGUUUUCAGUUUGAGUUAAUUUGCCUUGUGUGCAUGUGUUGUGUGUGAUGGGAUGAAUCUGUAUUGUUUGUAAAGUGAUGGACUAUAUUCUUGAUUUACUUUUGUAUCUAUGUAAUGUAUGUGGCUGAUUCUUAAAUUGGAUUCUUUUUUCUUUUUC